AUGCGUUAUCCAGUUCAAGAACCUGGGUAUGACGUGGUGGUAAUUGGAGCCGGUUUGAGCGGCCUCCAAGCUGCUCACUCCGCCCGCGCCGCAGGGCUCAGGGUAUGUGUUCUGGAAGCGACCAACAGAGUCGGCGGGAAAACAUUAUCGGUCCAUUCCAGUGAAAGGGGGUUCAAUGACCUGGGUGCUGCUUGGAUCAAUGAUACAAAUCAAAGCGAGAUGUUCAAGCUCUUUCAACGAUAUGACAUCGACGGAUUGGUUCAACGCGCCUAUGGGGAUGAUGUCGCGCUGUUGAAAGAUGGAUCAGCUAUCAAAAAGCCAUACGGCCAAUUACUAGGAGACCAGCGUUUGCUCCAAAAGCUCCUAGAGGUGCUUCGAAAGGAGUCAUCUCUGGUAGAUUUGGACAAUCCUGCCGGAUCCCCAGGCGCCAAAGCUAUCGAUGAACUAACAUUCCAGGAAUUUUGCAUCGAGAGAUCACAAUCACAGGAUGCAGCUGGUAUCGCAGAUUUGAUAACCACAGCACUUCUUGGUGUACAAAGCGAGGAAGUCAGCGCAUUGUAUAUGCUUCAUUACAUUAAAGCCGGCUGUGGGAUAGAUAACUUGUUAUCGGAUCAGAAAGACGGAGGGCAAUACAUCCGAAACAGACAAGGUUCAUGCCUCCCCUACUACACGCGUCGGCGUUACGCUAACCCAAUCAUAGGAAAUCAAACAAUCUCUAAGCGACUGGCUGAGGAUCUUGGAGAAGACACAAUCUUUCUACGCAUGCCAGUCACUUCAAUUGACCAAAGUGGAGACAUCUGCGAGGUAAUGACAGAGCCCGGAAACGUCUUCCGUGGUUUGAAAGUCAUCGUUUCGGUUCCAACGAGCUUGUACAGUUCGAUAAACUUCAACCCUGCACUACCCAAGAACAAAGCAGCAUUAAGCGAUCAUGCUGUUAUGGGUUACUAUAGUAAAAUGAUUUUCGUUUUCGAGGAACCGUGGUGGCAAAAUGCUGGAUCUUCAGGUGUCAUGGAAUGUGAAACAGGCCCUGUCACAUUCACACGAGAUACAAGUGUGCCAAUAGAUGACCAAUGGUCCAUCACCUGUUUCAUUGUUGGUGAACGUGGAAGGCAAUGGUCGAAACUGUCCAAGGCCGCGCGCUAUGUGGAAGUGUGGGAGCAGUUCAGCCAGGCAUUUGGCCAAUUUGUUGAUAAGAUCCCUGAACCAGCGAAUGUUUUGGAGAUGGAGUGGGCCAAGCAGGCUUUUUUCCUUGGGGCCCCUUGUCCAGUAAUGACACCUGGGACUCUAACCGCCGUGGGAACUGAGUUAGCAACACCGUUUGAAAAUGUCCAUUUUGUUGGAACCGAAACAUCUCAGGUGUGGCGAGGGUAUAUGGAGGGUGCUGUCCGUUCCGGCCAGCGGGGAGGUGCGGAGGUUGUGGAAGCAUUAUCCAAGAGACAUCGAUAA